AUCUUAACUAGUGUGACAAAGGCUUCUUAGGAAGGUUGUGUUUUGUCAUCAUGUCAUUAAAUGGAUUUCUUUCAAAAAACCAAUUUCACAUAUUGAAAAGAGCUAUGUAUUACAAUAGGAAUAUUAAACAAUUAUCGACAAUUAAAGAACAUCAAGGGGUUGAACCUGUUUCAAUGUCAUUUAACAUUUAUGAUAAAAGAAGAAAUGAUGACAAUUUUAUACCUCUUAUUAUUAUGCACGGAUUAUUUGGUUCUAAAAGCAAUUGGAAUUCACUUUCUAAAGCCAUAAACGAAAUUACAUAUAGAAAGAUAAUUACUGUGGAUGCUCGAAACCAUGGUGAAAGCCCACACACUGAUGAGUUUUCUUACUUUCACUUGGCACAAGAUAUGCAAUUUUUAAUAAGCUCAUUAAGCUUACCAAAAGUACAUUUAAUGGGUCAUAGUAUGGGUGGAAGAGCUUCAAUGUUGUUCUCACUGCUAUACCCUGACUAUGUAGAAAAACUGAUAAUUGUUGAUAUAUCACCAAUCUCCCGUAGUUUUAAGAUGCAAGGUAUGGCCCAAUAUUUUGAAGCUAUGAGAUCUGUUAAUGUAGAAGGUGUUAAAACCUUAUCUGAAGCCAGAAAAAAAGCUAAUGGACAAUUAAGUGUUGUGGUGCCUGAAGUUGAAGUGAGACAGUUUUUACUUACUAAUUUGGUUCAGCAUAAAGAAGGAUAUCAUUGGAGAUUAAACUUGGAUGUGUUAGAAAAAGCAUUUCAUAAAAAGAUAAUGGAAUUUCCUAUUGUUCCUUAUAAGUUUGAGAAAUCUGUGCUUUUUAUUGGAGGUUCUAGAUCUGAUUUUCUUAAAAAAGAGGAUCAUGAGCAAAUUCUUCAACUUUUUCCAAAAGCCAAAUUUGAGUACCUUGAUGCUGGUCAUUGGGUCCAUGCGGAAAAACCAAAAGAGUUCAUUCAAAUAAUUGCUUCAUUUUUAAAAGAUUAGUCAAUUUUUGUAUAAAUAUAUAAUUAAUUGAAAAUUGCAAUAAUAAAAGUUUUAAUCAAUAAAUUAUUUUAU